AUGGGCGAUCUCCUAGAUUACAUCCGAGUGAACAAUUACCCCCAAAUUGCAUCUUUCGUCCCAACAAGCCACAACGACACCUACCCAUUCAUCACUCCCACCGGAUCAGAGCUCAAAGACAAAUCCGUCCUCGUAACCGGUGCCUCAAAAGGCAUUGGCCGAGCAACAGCCCUCCGCCUCGUCAAAGCAGGCUGCAAUAAAAUCGCCCUAGCAGCCCGCUCAAGUCUAGACAACGUGAUAUCAGACCUAAAAUUAGAAGCCCAAACCGUCAAUCUCGAAAUCCCAACAAUCCUCCCGAUCCAGGUAGACAUUACAUCCGACGAAUCCGUCAAAGCAGCCGCAGAAAAGGUCAGCCUGGCCUUCGGAAAACUCGACAUCCUCAUCAACAACGCAGGCUAUUUACCUGAGUUUUCCCGAGUCGACGAAGCAGAUCCCUUAGAAUGGUGGAAAGGAUUCGAAGUCAAUGUGAAAGGAACAUUUCUGUGCGCGCAUUAUUUUCUACCUUUAUUGUUGAAGGCUGAGACGAAGAUCGUUAUCAAUUUGACUUCUAUUGGGGCGCAUACGUUGACGCUGGGAGGGUCGUCGUACAUGGUUUCGCGAUUUGCUAACUGUCGAUUUACGGAGUUUUUAACUCGUGAUUAUGAGGAUAAGGGACUUAUCGCUAUUUCUGUUCAUCCGGGUGGUGUGGUUACUGAUAUGAGGGAUAAUUUUCCUGAGAGGUUGCAUGAUACGUUGAAGGAUACUCCUAAUUUGCCGGCGGAUACGAUUGUGUGGUUGGUCAAGGAGCGGCGGGAGUGGUUGAAUGGGAGGUAUGUUUCUAGUCCUUGGGAUAUGCAGGAACUAGAAAGUAAAAAAGAGGAGAUUGUUCAGAGGGAUUUGUUCAAGUUCCGAAUGACUGUUUAA